UCCAAACUUGUAUUUAUUUUAGGCUUAGGUUAUAGCCGACAUAUUUCUCACUUAUAAAUUAUUAGAGGGUUGGUCAAUCAUGUCCUAUAUCCUUUGACGACAAUGGGUCCUAACUUCUCUAAAACCGUUGUUCCAUUGCCUGUCAAAUUAUCAGACAGUAGUACAAUUGGUUUAAAAAACAAAUACGGAUGACAAUCGUAGGUUGAAUUUAUUAAAACCAUAAUAAGGGGUGGAGCACAUGCACAGGUAGGCUACGGCGGGGAAUAAAAGGAUUACACGCGGAAGGGGGAAAUGUGUCAAAACGAGCAGGAAAAGACAACACCGAAUGUAAUACACGACGAGGAAAGUGUACUUUUUCCUACCAGUGUACUGUUAAGGGAUCAACUGAGAAUCAAACAAUGCCUGAAAGGAGCCAAUACACAAACAGAGUUGAAUCUGAGAGGCCCAGGAGAGAAAGGGAUUCUUCACAUGAUAGAGAACGCUCCACAUAUGAAGGGAGAGACUGGGAAAGGGAAAUACAUGGGGAUCAGGAUAAAAGGGAGAGGCGGGAGAGGAGCUCUGGCAAUGACAUAAGUGCCCGGGAGAAGGACUACUGUGAAAGACAGAGGGAUAUGACAUCCUUCUCUCAUAAUGACCCAACUGACCACAGGAGCAGUCAUCUGCAGGAAUACUCUGAACAGUACACAGAUGGUUCCAGGUCCCCAUCUGAUCAGCACUAUGAACACAGACAAGCUGUAUACAACCUCCGGUACAUCUUAACAUCCAGAGGUCUCUGCCAGAUAAUAGAAUUGUUUGUGAACCUGCUGAUAAUCAUCUGUGCCGGGGUUCCAUAUAGCAACUCAGGUGGCUACCGUGACCUGGCCAGCUAUGGCGGGAUCUACCAGUACUACUUCGGGGGAGCCAAUGCCUUCGCUGGGGCUGAAGCGGACCGGGUGAAGGAGCUUGACCAGCUUUUCCACCAGCUCAAGCUCCCUCCAUACAUCUUCAGCAUGGCAUGUGGUGGGGCCAUUAUGGCCUAUGCCUGUGUCAUGCUAGCCCUGGGGGUUCUGAGGGUCACGUACCGCUGGCCCCCUGUGCUGCUGGCAGAGACUCUGCUCAACCUGCUCAUCGGCCUGGGCUACAUCCCUGCCCUAGUUUUCUACUUUAUCAAGAUCAAGGCGACUUACGACAACCCCAUCUGUAAGGAGAGGGAGCAGCUCUACAAAAGCAAAGGCCAUCAGGGCUUUGAGUGUCAGUACAAUGGGGCAGACAUUGCUGUAGGCCUCUUUGGGAUUCUAGGAGUCAUCGUAUUCCCUUUUGGUGCGGUAUUCGCCAUCCGUGCUUUCAGGGCUGUGCGGGAGACAAAGAAACAGAAAGCAGAUGAGGGUAUUAACUUGUAGGAACUGCCCCUCUUUACACUAGGAUCAAUAGAACGGAUCAAAAUGCCCCCCUCUUCCUAUAAGCACUCACAAAUGUGGAUUUAGUUUAAUAGUUGUACUACUAGUAGUAAUUAUACUACUAUACACGUGCUUGUGAAAAGUCAUUUCAUUCUUGUCACCCUAUUGUCAUUCUUAAUGUUUCUUUUUAUAAUGACCUCUUAAGAUGGUCUUUUUUGCUAUGUACAUUUUUCUACUGUACAUUUGUUUGCUUUGUAAUCUUUAUUCAUUAUAAACAUGUUUUUACUUAA